AUGGAUAUUUUAGAUUUAAAUAUAGAUCUAUUCGAAGCUAAUUUAAUAGAUAAAUCAGUUUCAAUCGAUGGUAUUAUUAAAGGAACCAUUCAAAUACCAGUCCAACAAACAAAAAGAAAACUCUUGUUAAUUGUUUUAGUAGAUAAAUCAAGAUCAAUUCAAACUGCAUGGUUCCAAAUUCAAUCAACACUUUUAAAUUUAUUCUCAAUCAUUUCAAAUGUUGAGGACCAAGAAAUCAUUUUAGAAAUUUUAUUUUUUAAUAAUAUUUGUUUUAGAUUAAAUUAUAAUAAAGAAAAUUUUAGAAAUUUAAUUUUAAAUGAACGACCAAAUGGUAAAACAUGUUUUGCAUCUGCUUUUUCAUUAACAGAAGAUAUUAUCAAAAAAUAUUAUAGAAUUGGUACAGGUUUGAAAUCAGAUAAAGAGUAUGACCCAGAAACAGACACUGCAAUUGUUUUAUUAACAGAUGGUGCCCACACAACCGUUAGAGAUAACAAAAAAGCUUUUAAAGAUCUUCGUAAUACAAUCGAUUAUGUAGCCAAAGGAAGUGUUGUAGUCAGCACUAUGGGAUUUACAGAAAACUCACGUUAUAAUGAUUUAGAUGGUAUCCGUCGUUUAUUAGGCACAUCACCAGGCAUUUAUCAAUAUUCAGACCCAUCCGAUGGUUCAUUUGCACUUCAAGAAAAAUUAACAUUCAUUUUAAAGUAUGUUAUUGGUUCAAGCAGUUCAAAAAAAUUAAAUAUCAAAUUAGAAACAAUUUACAACCAAAUCGACAAUAACAAUGGCCUUGUAGAGAAAACAUCAAACCUUUUUUUCAACGAUUCAAAUUUCAAAUCAAAUGAAAAGUCUAUAAAUUUAGUAUUAGAUAAAUAUGGCAGUUUGGAUUUUAAUUUCAAUUUAAAUACAAAUGGCUACAAUAUAGAUUCAGUUAAGGUACACUUGGAUAUUAACGGCGAUUCAAAGUAUAAACAAAUAAUCGAAAUCAAACCAAACAUCAAAAACGAUUCAUCUAUCGAAUCAAAAUACUAUUCAAAAUUAAUCAAAUUAGAUUCAAAAAUAAAUACAAUUUUAUCAGAAAUUGAAGUUUAUAAUCAAUCAAAUCAGCCAUCAGAUGAAAUUAAAAAGUCAUAUUUAGAACAGUUUUUUAAAAUCAAAAAUGAAAUUAAUGAAGUCGAUAGCGACCAAUUAUUUAAAAUUAAAUCAAGUGUUCGUUCAGACUUGGUAGAAUUAAAACAACAAUGUCAAUCUAUGAUAGAUCAGUUAUUAGAAUUAGUAAAUGGAUGGAAUCGUACUUCAUGGAGCUCUGUAUCAAAUGCUCGUGUCGCUGAUAUUACUUAUCGUUACUUAUUCAAAUCCACAAGCAGACAAAGACGUUUAAAUUUAAAGGUUGCUAGAAAUUCAGAAGCAAUUAAAUCAGAAGCACAGAAUUUUAAUGAACUUUCAUUAGAUAUCGAUUCAUUUGAAGAUUUAGAAGAACCACAAUCAACUCAUUUUGAAUCAUCAAAACAAAUGUUUUCAGAUUUAUUAACAUUAUCAGAUUGGACCGAGGCAUUAGAAGAAAAAGACUGUAUGGGCUUUGGCUUAUCAAUUCAAAGACCAGAAUGUGUUGUAGAUGAUCCAACACAAAUUCGUAUUCAAGAAGUUUCAACAACAUUCAUUUGCAAAUCAUCAAUCGAAGAUGCAAUUAAACUUUCAUUAAAUGUACAUGGUCAAGAAAGAACAACUGGAGGUUUCCAAGUUGGUCAAGAUGUACAAUCAGUCGCAGUCCGUGGUCGUGGACGUGAACCAAUCAAUUCAUGGUUACCAUUAUAUAUCAACAAAGAACAUUGGAAGCCAAUUAAAUAUCAAUUAAAAAACAUUGUUGCCUAUUUUGUAACAUUAGAUCCAUUAGCAUUUUCAUUUGAUCAAAUCGAUUCACUCUUUUUAGUAUUAGGCAAUAUGAUUUCAAAGAAUGAUAUUGGUGAAAGAGAACUACUCUUAAUUUUCCAAUAUAUCCGUACAUUACGUCAAAUUGUAAUAGACCUCAAAGCUUUACCAAGAAUCUUAUCACAAUUAGAAUCACUCUUAAACUAUUCAAUUUAUCAUACUCAAUAUCAACCAAAGAAUCUUUUUGUAGUUACAUCCUAUCUUUUAGUUUUAACACAAGAAGAAUUAAAAUCAAUUUUUAAAUCAAAUUCAGAUUAUUUUAAAUUGUGGGAACAUGUUUUAGAAUCAUCAAUUAGAAGAGCAUGUUAUUCAUUUUUUAAUAAAAUGGAGCAAGUUAAAAUCGAUUCAUAUUUAUCAAAUAUUUUAUAUGGUACCAAAGAUGACUCUGGUAAUAAUUCACCCGAUUUUUACGAAUCAUUAUUAAAUUAUAAAUUUAAUUCAAUUCCAAAUGAAGACAUAGAGUAUGAAAAAUUAUUAAAAAUAAACAAAAGAUCAUUUGGAGAUAAUGAUAUCAAAAAGUCAAGUGUAAAUAUAGAGCCAGUAACCAAAUCAAUUUUAGAUGCACUUAUUACAUUGUCAAAUCUAUUAGAAAACAAAGGUUAUCCAAAUAUUACAGGUUUAUUAAACUCAUUAAGAUUCAUCCAUGCUUUUUCAUCUCUAAAUAAAGAUGAUAAAGUUUUUGAAACCAUCGAUUCAAGAUUUGGUAUUCCACCACAAGAGUAUAUCGAAACCAUCAAGCAAUCAAUUAGAGUAGAUUAUCCAAACAAUGGUAUUGGUAGAUUUAUUGAUACAAUUAAAAGCUAUUAUGGUGCCAAAUCAGACACACCAGAGAUAUUAUUAAAUCAUUUAAGAACAAUGGUAUUACAAGCAGUUUCAUACAGAAUCAACAAACAUGCUUCUUUUGCAAUUCUAAUAAACAAAAGAGAAACCGAUGUAUUUACCAAUCAUAUUGAAUGUUAUCAAUAUAUUCAAAGUGAUGUAUUAGGUCGUAUUGGAGCUGUUUUGAGAUCUAUUCAAAGACAAUUAGAGUUUUCAUCUCAAACAAGCACAGCAUUGAAAUCAUCAAGCAUGUGUGAAUUUGCUUCAACAGUUCCAGAUAACAGUAAACACCAAUUUAGAAAUUUUGUUCAUUCAAUAAUGGACUUUCAAAAUAUUCCAUUUGGUGAACAAAAGUUUAUCAUUUUCCUUUCAAAUAUUUUAGUUUCAACUGACGACUUUGGCAAUAUUUAUACAAAGCAAGUAGUAAAAAAUAUUUGGUGUACAGGUAAAAAAUAUAAUAAGUUAUUCUUUAAAAAAUUUGGAUAUUCAAAAACAUUAGAACUAAUGAAACAAGCCCAUCAUCAAAAAUAUUUACACGAAUGUAGAAACAUCGAUAAAAUUGAAGAAAUAGAAGAAUAA